CUGCUUUUGCAUUUGCUCUCUCUCUCUUUCUCUCUCUCUCUGUCUGUGCGCACACCUACAAUUACAACAAAUCGCUUCUUCUUCUUCUUCCUCAUCUUUUUGUUGGUGUUGUGGGGGGUUUUUGAGCUUUAAGAUGUCCACAACCGCUUCUCAGAUCCGCCAGCUUUUUCUGGGUUUUCCAUAAACUGAUUAUCACGGCUGAUCAGAGUUAAUAAGAAGGCUCAGAGUGUAUCUUUUGUUGAAUUGGGCGUGGAAUUAAGUCGGCAUCAGAAUUAUCUUUGAUGUAGUUGUGUUCCCACACCCUCCUUCAAAAAAAUUAUUAUAUUUAGAUAGCAGCUAUUACCAUCUUUCCUUCAUAUCUGAAUAACAACAUGGGGUGGCUUGAAAUCCUGACUUCUCCUGUUGGUUUCAACUGGGUUGAUGAAGCUUUAUGAUUUUUCAGCAAGGAGCACAAGAAGCUCCAAAGAUUUCUGCACUUCCGUAUUUACCAUUCUACUUAAAGGGUUCUAUCCAAGAAACGUUAUCAGAUAUUCUAUAAAGAACGUGCUUUCACUGAAGCUUUGGGUGCCAACAUAUACUAAAGAUGGACAGAGCAGACACAUCUGGCUUUGUUAGUGGGGGAAGUAGCGUGUUGGAAUUUCUUCUAUGUUUUAACUUGGCGGUGAUAUAUAGAACUUCUGGUAGCUUGUUGUAAAUUAUUUUUUGUUGUUGGGCCUUUUAGAACUGUAGUGUACAUUGUUUAGAGAAUGGAUCUGAACAAGAAGGGGGUACUGUUAUCUUACGAUCGAGCUUCCAUAAAAAAUGACACCUCGGGUGAUACUACUCUGCGCCUGAACUGCCUUGGCUAUGGAGGCAAUGACACAGCUAGAUAUGGGUGUAACCAAAGCAAUCUUGGGGUUAACUUAUCCAAUGCUUCUGAUGACGGCUGCAGAUUGGUACUUGGACUGGGCCCAACACCAAGUGCAUACUCUGAUAAAUAUAAUAAUGUGGGCUUUAAGAAGAACAAAGGAUUAGCCACCACAACAUUACCUCACAGGGUAUCAUCCGAGGGUGAUUCAAUCCUACAACUCAGUCUUUCUGGAGGUACUAAUGAUUCUUCAAGUGUUCUUGAUAUUUCAGUUUCAACAGAGGCUGAUUUUAAUACCUUCCCUCUCCCAAACCAAGUAUCUGUUGAAGAUAAUCAUCUUAUGAUUCCUGUUGUUGAUGAGGGUUCUACCUCAGCAAAGAAAUCAGGUGGCUAUAUGCCAUCACUUCUUUUUGCUCCAAGAACAGACAAUGCCAAGGUUUCAAUGCAAACACAGGAACUUGAACUUCUAGAGCUCGGGACCAAGCCCCAGUCGAGCUAUGAACUGUCCUCUACAACAGAGUACUCAAUGGGCACCAUCUCUGAGCAAGCAACUACUGGAACAUCUUCAGACCACCGAACCAGCAAUUCUAAGAAAUGCAAAUUUUUGGGUUGCACAAAAGGUGCACGAGGGGCAUCUGGUCUUUGUAUUGGUCAUGGGGGUGGUCAGAGAUGCCAGAAACCAGGAUGCAACAAGGGUGCUGAGAGCCGAACUGCCUAUUGCAAGGCCCAUGGUGGAGGGAAGAGGUGCCAACACUUGGGUUGCACUAAAAGUGCUGAGGGGAAGACGGAUUAUUGUAUAGCACAUGGUGGUGGCAGAAGAUGUGGGUAUGCAGGUGGGUGCAGCAAAGCUGCACGAGGCAAGUCAGGCCUUUGCAUUAGACAUGGAGGGGGUAAGAGGUGUAAGGUCGAUGGCUGCACUCGUAGUGCUGAAGGACAGGCUGGUUUGUGCAUCUCUCAUGGGGGUGGACGCCGUUGUCAGUCUGAUGGAUGCACAAAGGGUGCGCAAGGGAGUACCAUGUAUUGCAAGGCACAUGGUGGUGGAAAGCGAUGCAUAUUUGCAGGUUGCACCAAAGGCGCAGAAGGGAGUACUCCAUUGUGCAAGGGACAUGGUGGGGGUAAGCGCUGCCUCUUUGAUGGUGGUGGGAUUUGCCCAAAGAGUGUCCAUGGAGGUACAAACUUUUGUGUUGCCCAUGGUGGUGGAAAGAGAUGUGCUGUGCCAGGCUGCACAAAAAGUGCACGUGGCCGAACAGAUUGUUGUGUUAGACAUGGGGGAGGGAAGCGGUGCAAGUUUGAUAACUGUGGCAAGAGUGCUCAAGGGAGCACAGAUUACUGCAAGGCUCAUGGUGGUGGAAAGCGAUGCACUUGGGGAGAGGGCAAAUGUGAGAAAUUCGCAAGGGGUAAGAGUGGCCUCUGUGCUGCUCACAGUAGCAUGGUCCAGGAGCGGGAGAUAAACAAGAAAGGUAUGAUUGCACCAGGACUCUUCUAUGGCCUUGUAUCUAGUGAUUCAACAACUACAGGGAGUGGAUUUGAAAACAGUAGUUCUUCCUCUGGAGUCUGUGUUGUCCCCAGCUGCAUUGAGUCGCUUGAAACUUCAGCAAAACGACAACUUAUACCCCCACAGGUAUUGGUUCCUCAAUCAAUGAAGUCAUUUUCAUCUGAUACAAGCUUCUUGAGUGCUGAGAAGACAGAGGGAGGGACCAAAGUUUGUGGCAUUGGCAUCAGCAGUAGUGCUGGGAGUAAAAGCUUUGACUUUGUUGCUCCAGAGGGGAGAGUACACGGUGGGGGUCUCAUGUCAUUGUUUGGUGGGAAUCUGAAGAAUGCAAUUGAUGGGAUCUGAAGUUGUUCGAGUUAACUAGUAGAUUUUAUUGUGAAUUAGGGGCUUUUCUUUGUUGAAUUGUGUAUAAGGUUUGGUGCUUGUUCAAAGACUCAUUUAUAGUUUGUGUCAAUUAAUGGGGUUAAUGUUAAUGUUAUGGUAUUUUUAUUGUAA